CCCAAGCUCAACGACAGGUAAAAUCUGACAACGAAAUAAAUAAUAUCAACGUCGCCUUGGCAUCAUGAGCUGAGCCUCAUUUCAGCUUCUUAAAGUCAUAAGAUCUAGCAUUUGGGUGCUCUGCACCCGUCGCCCCCUUCGCCAUGGGCCCUCCGACGCUGCGGAUACGCCGCACGGCGCAAAAUACACAGUUCACGUAUAACCUCUCGAGGCGAAUCAGCGAUGUCAAAACGUAUCCCGUGCAGUCUCCUCAAGGCGCUACCAUAAUCAUAUACGGCCACGAAAACGGCGUAACGCUGGUAUGGCGAGGUGGCCGGCGCUUCAAGCCAGCCAAGAAGGACGUACCGGUUGAAAAGCCCAACGGCAAGUCGGACGACGCCGUCAUGAUCAUUGACUCGGACGAUGACGAGCCCGCUGCCAAGACACACGCGGCCCCCAAGUUUGAAGACAAACCCGAUUUCGAAGAUGACGCCGAGGAGACGCCGUACCCAGAGAUCAUACAGACGCUCGACCUGACCCUAGGAACAGCGGUACUAAGCGUAGCCGUUAUGCCGAUGGCACCAUGCACAUCUGGGGAGGCCGCCGCGGGAGAUGCGCCCGUGCUCGCUGAAAAGAUUGUGUUUGCGGUGUCGUGCAUCACAGGCGAUGUCUACGUGAUUUCACUGCCGCUCACACCGCCGUCGCCGGAGAGCAAAGCGCGGCCAGACCUGCGGACGGAUCUUCUUUCCGGAAGGGCUGGAUCCGGUGCAUGGGGCGAGUCGCUCGUGCUUCUAGGCGGGCAGACGAGACACAGUGAUGGGUUGGCCAUGACCCUUCUCCGACCCAAAUCUCCAGAGCGACGCGGACCCGGGAGGGCUGUCGUCGCUGCGUGCUCUCGCCAAGCCUCAGGAACCCUGCACCUGUGGGAAGUCCCUUUGGAAGAGAAAAACAAACCAGAACGAGCAGUUGAGCCUUUCCAGACAGAGUUUUUGUCGGAACCCCUCUCAACCAUUUCCUUUAACCCUACACACAACACUCAACUCCUCGCUGUCUCCCCACACCAAGCGGCCCGCAUCUACGACUUUUCUGUCUCGUCACUGCCCCCGGACUCGGACGCCACAGGGCCGUUUCCAUCUCAAGGUUCUUGGCUCCUGUCUCUAUACCAGCCAUUCGCAAGACCUUCGGCCGCAAGGAAGCCCAUCCUUGAUGCAGCUUGGGUCUCUCACGGCCGCGCAGUCUUUGCUCUGUUAGCAGACGGCAUGUGGGGCAUCUGGGAUGUCGACGGCGUCAGUCCCUCGUCUCCUUCAGCUGCCAUGGCCACGAGGCUCAAAGCCGGAGUUCGUGGCGCGGCGCUGACGGCGUUUAGCGUAUCGGGCUAUAUCGAGGGGACGGGCGCUCUGCGCAGUGUUGCUGCGCAGACAAAGGAGAACCAGACGGGUGAAUUCGCCCCUAUGACCCCGCAUACGCGCCGGCAAGCCACUGCCUCUCUCAGUGCUGCGACAUCGCUCGACCGACUCUCGACCGUCCGUGGUGGCGUUAGCACUGCUGCUCUCCCUUCGACGGGACGCACGGCACAGGACGAGAGCUUGGUGCUGUGGAUUGGCGGCUACGAGCACGUCUGUGUUGUCCCUGGCGUCUCUCGCUUCUGGGAGUCUCAGUUGCGCAGGGGUUCGGGAGGCGGCGUCAAUUUGUUCAGCGGCGCGCAGCCCACGCGAAUGGUCAGGCUCCUGGAUUUGUCGACUGGGCUCCUGGGCGAGCGAUGUUGUGGCGUAAGCCUUGUUGCGGAUCCGUCCCGGAGCGUUGAUCACGUCGAUAGCGACGGCGGGCUGCCGGUGAAUGUGCUCCUUCGUGGCGAGACGAGGGUCGUGAUUGUUGGGCAAGGAGACGAUGGCCCGGGCAAGAGGGUUGGCGGCGUCGUCGAUGCGCAGCGGAAGCGCCUAUUCUCCAAGGGCGAAAAAUCGGACGCCAUUAUCGUCCACGGCCGGGAUGGCAGGAAGCCAAGCUUCUCUUACAACCUCAGCAUAUCGAAACCUGGCACGUUGAGGCGGAAGGCACUGAGCGGCUACGGUGACUCGGAAGCGCCUCAGGAAGCGGGCGACUCGCCGUCUGCGGCGCCGCGGCGUCGCGUCGGCUUUGACUUUAUGAACACGCUUGACGACGCUGCGGAUGCUAGCGCAGAUCUCAGCCGCGAUGUUGAAGCAGAGAUGUUGGACAUCAUGGAGAUCGAUCAGGCUUUGGAGAGCAUGGAGGGCAGUCGAGGGAGUGGAAGGAAGCGCGUCUUUUUCGAAGAGGACUAAGCGCUCACGGCGCAGACACACCCCCACCAUGUACGAUACCCAAGACUAAUGGAUUCUGGAAUGCCUGGGAUGGCCGUGGAUGCCACGUGCCUGUGACGAUCAACUUGAAUCGCGUGAAGGUCCGCACGGCAAGGUGAAGCGCAAGGCGAGAUCCAUCCUUGACGCUUUGUAUUCCGAGCGGUAUAUUGAACACCGAGGCAUCUCUAUUAGGGGGGGGACGAGGAGGGAUGUAUAUGACCAUAUGCUCUUCCAGCUCAAGCGCGUCCUGCCAUCCUCGUCCGCUGCGCGAUGGCUGGCCUGAGAGCACGGCAGAGGGGGACGUGCCACUUGGCUGGGCGGUGGUGACCUCGGGACAUGAAGUAGUAGAGCAUUCAAUACGAAGCGGAAC